GUGACAUCACAGAUUGUAGUAAGAAAAAAUGUCGAUGGUUGUGAACUUCAGCAAAAGAAAUGACCAAUAUAUUCCUGUAGCACCAUGUCACUCAUCUCUGGUCUUGAAGAAACAGAGAAGUCCUCAGAUCAAGGUUGGAGUGAUUCCUGUAGAUUUCCUACUUCUGACUCUGUAGUUGAAGUCGAAAGUGAAGCAUCAGACACGAUACAACAGAACAUCAUUGAAUCACCUGAGACUGUAGUGAUUAAUUCUUCUCUAGAGGAAAGUGUAGAAAUUGUUAGUCAGGAAGGAGGGUGUGGCUUAGAUUCGUCAUCCCAGGAGUUUGGAAGUCACGUGACAGGCAUUCAAACAAGUGAAAAAGUGAUUAUUGGUGACGGAUUUCCAGGGGCCAAAGUUCAACAGGAACCACAACCACUGGAAGAUGGGGAGGUGCUAAUAGUGGAAAAUGGAAGUGAUGCUGUGCAGAAUAAUGCUGCUGUGCAAGGACAACCAAAGUUCCAACUGCAACCCUCAAGGAAUGCAAAAGGGCAGAUAGAAUUAACACUAACAGGUACAUGUAAUAAACCCGAGGAAAAAGCUUUGCUUGAGAAACUCUUGUCUAAAGUAAGCUAUCAGCAGCUGGCCAACCAAGUGAAUUUAUCGUCUGCUCAACUGGGAACAGUACGACAACCAGUGCAGGUAAAUUUAGCAACAUCUGUGCAACCUAUUGCAACCCAACAAACGACACAAACACCACAAACCCCACAGGUACCUUUAGUUAGGACCACAAUUCAGCCCUCGACACCAGUGGCUCAGAUUAAUUCUCAGUUUGGAACAAGUAUCUCUCAAAUAAGAAGUCCACUCAAUAUUAAUGCCAUUCUUAAUUGUGCAAAUCAGGGAAAAAUUUCUAAAGAGGAUCUUCUGAAACUCAUCAAAACUUGCAGGACUGCAACAGGAUUAAACACCCAGCAACAGAGUCCUCAGCAGGUGCAGGGCCAAAAAGUCAUUCAGGUCCAGCAAGUACCAGCAGCAGGAAACCAGGUCAUUAAUCCCGUUCUUCUGGCUACGCCUGUGCAGAAAAUUGGAACAGUUUCCUUGGCGAAGCCGACUACACUAGCAAAUCUCAUUCAGAGUAAAAGUAACCAGGGAGUUGGAUUGGGCGGGGUGACCACGGCUUCUAAUGUGGGCAGUCCUCAGUCAUCUACUGAUAAUUCUCCUCUGAAAGUUGUCCAUGUUGCAGCAUCUACCCCAGUCAAGCAAGCAACAGCUGUAAACAAUAACCAAAUUAACAGCAACUUGACCCUGACCAGUCCACAGAAAGUUCAGACCGUCGGGAACCUCCAAUCUGUGACCUCCAAAAACCAGACUGUCAUCAUACCAAGUGUGAGUGGUGGUGGCACUCAAUACAUCAUUGUAAAUCCUGGUACGCCCAUAACAAAGGUCAACCCUCAGGCUGUCCCAAACCAGCAGGUGGUGAACUCUCCCAGUGGGAAUUCCGGACUGAAGUUGGCGGGAGGCCAGUUGGCUACCCCUGUCAGAAUCAUUCAUAGUGCUAGUUGUCCUCAGUUGAGUCAAGUCCAGACCCCCCUCUCCAGCCCCAGUUUCUCAGCUAGUCAGUCUCCCACCAAAAUCGUCAUUCCCCAGAACUUCUCAGUGCUAACUUCUGUGGUGGAUAAUGCAAAUAUUCCUACUACUCAAGGAGUGACCAUCUCAGUUUCACCCAGGACUAAUUUGAAUUCUCCAGUGGGAGUGAGAGGGGUUGCGAAUAGACGUGGACCUAGUGUAAGGCAACCCAGGCAACUAGGGCGAGGAAAGCGGCCCAUUAAACAGAAUUAUUUUGUAAAUCAUGCUUCGGCGGCUGCCACAUCCCCUGUUCAAAUCCGACCCCAGAAUUGUAACGAUGCUAUAAAAACAGUUCCACUUUCACAGCCAGUGCUUAUAGCUAGGACUCAAAGUUCUGGACAAAUUGUGCAAUCUAACAUUAUUAAGCAACAGGUGAACCAUACUGGUGUCUCCAUGAACACAUUGGAGGGUGCCUCUCCGGGACAAAGUAAUUCAUCGUCUCUAGUGAAUUACAGUGAUUCUGAUUCACCAUCCAAUUCAUCGGAGAAAGGUGAAGGUGAAUCCUCAUCGGAACUGUCCAAGUCUCAGAACUCGGGUGCACGAACACUUUCCAAUGGAGCUCUGUUAAUGCCAGAUAUCUUAUCGGAGGCCAUUGCUAGGGCCAAACCAACCGAUAAAAUUUUAGUGGACUUCAAGAGCAGUAAAGUGGCCGUGAGGUUUCAGAAAAAUACUGUGUACAAAAUUCCAUGCAAGGAAGAAAACAGGUUCUACAGAUAUGAUGGGGAAUACCUCAUACCAACAAAUGAGACGACUGUAGGCCUGGUUGGAGGGGGAGUGGGGAACAAAAAGGAGAAAGCCCUGCGGGGCAAUGCCACAGGGCUACACAUGUCUACUCCUCAAGGGAAUAGUCCUGCCAGGUCAUUCCUCAAUGCAGCAGAAGCUGUGGGUAAGGUGUUCAAGGAGGGGAGAUUCUGGAAACACACAACUGGGCCGCAGAGGACUAUAUAUAGAAUGGUGCCCAAUACUGACCAAGAUACAGAUGAAGAAAUUUCUGAAUUAACUAGUCAAGAUAAGCAAGGAAAGAAAAGACCCAUUGAAGAUGUGUCUGAUUUACCCCCUAUCAAUGACGAUGAAAUGCGAUUGGUUCACUGUAAAUUCUGUGGCUAUACCAGCACGACAGUCAAAUCGUGUGAACGAUGCUGUCUGGAGAAUACUUUCCCAGCGGACACUAAAAUAGAAAUCCAGAAAAAGAAAUUCAAAACAGACCUUGAAAACAAAGAAGAGGAUACAGUGAUCUCAAAACAAUCUUUUUACGGGAAGCCUGUGACUAAUCAACUUGUGUUGCAUCCUGCUACUAACAGGGAUGGGAAUAUUGUGUAUGUUAACUACGUCACGAAGGGACGGCGUGUGAAUCUGGAAGGGAAAUCUUAUAGAUCUCCGUCUGUGAUCCGCGGGGCCAAGCAGCCCAGGAAGUUACAACCUCUAGAGCCAGUAACAAUAUCAAUAUCAUCUGACGAGGAGGAAGAAUCAGAGAAAUCGUCUGUCCCAGAAUCCCCUGCCACAGGAAGUGACCCGGCAGCCAUAGAGAAGGACGACAUAGGUCAACUCCUGGACAACAUUCCUCAGAACAAAGGCACAGCUUCACCAGUGUUCCAGAACAGCAGGAUGAAGAGAAUGGAGAAUGAGGAGGGAAUACCAAUCAUUAGAAAGGCAGGUAGGAGGAAAUCUCCAACCAUGCCCCCAUCACAAGGAACAGCCACAAAUGUCCCUCCCACUGAGUCAACAGAUCCCCAGAGAUGUGAAGAACCUGUAGAUGUGUCCAUUGUAGACUUCCAUGCCAGAGUCAUCCAUAUUGGGUCUGUGCUGGGUUGUCCUGUGGAACCUGUUUUCAUUGAUGAAGACUCCAUCUCAUUUCACAUAGAAUGUGAGGAUAACACACACAAGUUUAUUAUCAAACCUGAUGAACUACAACAGUGCAUGUAUUGUCUGGAAAACAGACCUGUCAUAUUUCUCAAGACAACGCCAGAAUUUGCACAGAAAGUUCGGGAAAUGUUGAAGUUGGAGACAGGGAAUGGGGAAAGUGGUUUUGAUCCCAAUGAUUCCGUAAUGAAACAUCAAUUUAUCACCAUCUUGCUGGUCAAUUUGGGAUCGCUGACCUCUCAGAAACUGGAGUGUGUACUCAGGAAAUACCCACAGCCAAAGGAUACAACUUUUAACUUCAUUCAACAAAUGACGGCCACUGAGGCAGCGGUGUAUCUGAAGGAGAUCCAGGGAGAUCAGGCCCUAUCAGAGCCCUCCACCCCCCAACCCCAGCCCCACGAAAGGUCCCCCUCUCCACCAAAGAUACUGUUCACUGGUCCAGUGGUCAAACUUAUCACAUUUCCGCCCCCACCUGCCCCGGGAGGGAUUCAGGUCACAAAUGAGGAUCUGUCUUGUCUUCAGGAGGGAGAAUUCCUCAACGAUGUCAUCAUCGACUUUUACCUCAAAUAUCUAUUCCUGAGUGUACUGAGUGACAAGGACAGGGAGAGGACACACAUAUUCAGCUCGUUCUUCUUUAAGCGUCUGACCCAGAGACAAGGUCGCUGUGGACCAGAGGACAACAUGGCAGAUAAAACUCCAGCAGAGAAGAAGCAUGCCAGGGUCAAAAACUGGACAAAGAAAGUGGAUCUCUUUGAGAAAGACUUCAUUUUUGUACCAAUUAAUGAACAUUCUCAUUGGUUCCUGGCUGUGAUUUGCUUCCCUGGACUUCCCAGUGCCAAACGUGUAACUUACGUACCAAAGUCAGCCAGAAUGGUAACACCACCGACAAUAGGACCAGAAAUCUCUCCUCUAGACCCCAAGUCAAAAGAGGACGGGGGCGCAGGAAAGGAACCAGUCAAAUCAGAAGGAGGAGGACUAGAAAAGGAACCAGUCAAAUCACUUAAAGGCUAUCGAAUUCCAAAGGUUGUAAAAAACAGUGAACCGGUCAGUGAAAGUGGUGACGGAUCAACGAAGGGGGUACCUGAUGACGAGAACAGCAGAGAGAGUGGGAAAAGUGCUGCAGAGGCGAUGGAGACAGAGGAAAAUUCACUAUCAGAGGGACAGAAAAAAGAAAUAGCUGAGGAUUCAGAAGAAAUGAUGGACACAAGUGAAAGUCCUGCUCAGUCUGAAAUGGAGGAAAGUCAGGCAGAGACAGAGAAAUCAAAGGACCCGUCUGAUACCAGCUCACAGGACACAGGCAAAAGUGAAAGUGAAAGUAAAACGGAAACAAGUAGCCAAGCCAAAGCCAAACCAUCAAAACCUGUCUUCAGAGCCACAGUGAGGGAUCUGCGGGGACGAGAGGUAACGGAAGAGGAACUGAAAGAUCCCAGCUCUCUGGGAACUUUUACUACAGGCUGUAGACAGCCCUGCAUCUUAAUAUUUGAUUCCUUAGCUGGACAGAGCAGGUCUCGUAUUGUCGCCAUUCUUAAAGAGUAUCUUCAGGUAGAGUGGGACACUAAGAAGAAGACCCCCAACAGUCUGAGGGAGAGGAUCCGAGGCUGUACAGCGACCAAGGUCCCCCAGCAAACCAACUUCAGUGACUGUGGGGUGUACAUACUGCAGUAUGUGGAGAGCUUUUUUGAGGAUCCCAUUCAGGACUUUAGUAUUCCACUGAAAUCUCUCUCGGACUGGUUCUCAGAGGAAAGGGUCACGGCCAAGAGGAGUGAAAUCAGAGACUUGGUGAUGAGACUGAAAGAAAGUCAAGAAAAAGCCAAAUCCUGACCCCCCUCUGUCUGGAAUGUGUGGUAGAUUUCUCUCCAACCAAGGUGAUAUUGGAAGUGUUUACUGGUUCAUUUGAUGGACCUUAAUUCGUUUCUGUUUUUGGUUGUUCUCUCUUACCAUGUUACAAUUGGUGCUACAGAAAGAGAUGUUCUGGGAGUUUAUGUUAGUUGUUUGGGGUGAGGGAAAUUCUAUAUGAAAAUGGUAGCAGUUAAAGUGCAUGUUGAUUGAAAAUUUAGAUGACAUCCCCCCUCCUUCCUUGGAUAUUACAGGUAUCCAGUUCCAUCAGUGAUUUGUUCAGGAAAUAUUCCAGGAGUUGGUUGAAACUUCAUACCGAAUGUGGUCACUCUCAAGAGAGAUUGGAGAAAAAUAAUCUGGUGAAAAUUAUUCAGUAUUUGACUGGAAAUUUUUAAAAUUUCAUUUUGUGUUCAAUAUUUAAUAUGAUACAAAAAACUGUGUGAUAUGAUUGGAGGCUAUUAUUUAUACACAAGACCAAAUAACUGUUCAAAUCUCUGUACAUUGAUUGGACGAGUUGACUGGAAUGUGUAGAAAAAAACCUGCAUUUUGUUCGGCUUGUCCCUGUAAGUGAAAUUUCAGGGAUACUUGAUUAUCAGGAGCAUUACAUUAAUGAAGAAAUAAAAAUCUAAAUGCCAUUGCAUUGUUUAAAGAUGUAAUAUGAUAAAAAAAUAUCUGUGAAUUUGUAUUCAAAAUGUGUCUAGUUGCAUCAUGGGAAAAGCUGUGAGAAACUCAACAAAUGCCAUUACUCAAAGUAAAUAAGAUGCACAUGUAAAUAAACAAUUUUUUUGUAUGUUUUUGAUGAUUUAAAGUUGUAUUUGUUGGAGAGAUUUGUUGAGAGUGUGAAUACCAGUUUUAAAAUUCCAGAAGAGAAGAGUAUAUGCUAUAUGUUGCUAUGUUAAUAUUCCAUUAAAAAAUUGAAUGCUUAAAAACUUUCUCAGAUCUAUCACUUGGUUGUAAAUGAUGCAAAAUUAAGAUGUUUUGGUAUGAAAUAUUCUUGUACUAUAAGUGUUUAUAAAUUCACAUUUAUUGAACUAUUAUGUAAUAUUUAGAUUUGAUACCUCCUAUUUAAUAUAAUAAUUGAAAACCAAAACUUAAGAUUAUUGAAGGAACAGAUACAUGUUUAAUUUUCAUGAACAUAAUAGAAUGUGAAGGUGAAAUAUUCCUUUCUUCUUACGUGGAUAUUUAAAGUGCUUACAGCAGUAUUUUGUUGUUUGCUGUACAGGUCCAUACAUGUAUAAUUACCUUAUUUGUAAAAACAAAAUCAUGGAUCAUUUCAUCAUUAAAUUCAAUGUUACUUGUUCA